GGAGCAGCAGGAGGAGGAGGAGGAGGAGGGGAUGGAGAGGAGAAGGCUCCUGGGCAGCAUGGCGCUCCUGCUCCUCCAGGCGCUGCCAAGCCCCUUGUCAGCCAGGGCCGAGCCCCCUCAGGAUAAGGAAACCUGUGUGGGCAUCAACAAUCAGAGUUACAUAUGUGACACGGGACACUGCUGUGGACAGUCGCAGUGCUGCAACUACUACUAUGAACUCUGGUGGUUCUGGCUGGUGUGGACUAUUAUAAUAAUACUGAGCUGCUGCUGCGUUUGCCAUCACCGACGUGCCAAGCAUCGCCUCCAGGCCCAGCAGCGGCAACAUGAGAUUAACCUGAUCGCCUACCGGGAAGCCCAUAACUACUCAACGCUGCCGUUUUAUUUCAGGUUUUUGCCAAACUAUUUACUACCUCCUUAUGAGGAAGUGGUGAAUCGACCUCCAACCCCUCCCCCACCAUACAGUGCCUUACAGCAGCAGCAGCAGCAGCAGCAGCAACCGCCGCAGUGCAUCCCAGUGGGCAACAGCCCGACGGGCCCCGAUCCCUCCAGGAGCCUCCAGGCAGCCCAGAGCAGCCCCCCAGGCAUGGCCAGCGGAAACGGCCCCCGGCCGCCGAGCGUCGCGGCCCCCGAGCCCCCCACGGCGCCCGUGGACCGAGCGGCCCCCAAAGCCCCGGGCCCAGAGCCGGGCAGCUCUGGGGCCGGGCUGGGGGAGCUGGGGGACCCCGGGCCCUUCCUGGAGAAGGACUCGGAGUGCGGGGAAGAACUGCUCCAAGAUUACAGCUCCGAGCCCCUCGACCCCAGCGGCGCCUUCCCCGACAGCAAGGACAAGACUCCCGGCAGGCACCGCCGCUUCACGGGCGACUCCGGCAUCGAGGUCUGCGUCUGCAGCCGGGGCCACCACGACGACCUCAAGGAGUUCGACGGCCUCAUCGACGACGCCCUGGACGGCCCCCUGGACUUCUGCGACAGCUGCCACGUGCGUCCCCCCGGGGACGAGGAGGAGGGGCUGUUUCCCCCGGCGGAGGAUCAGCCCCGCGAACAUGGCCACCACCACUUACCCCGCCAGCCGGCGUGCAUACUGUUGAACACAAUCAACGAGCAGGACUCCCCCAACUCGCAGAGCAACAGCUCGCCCAGCUAGAGUAGGCUCUGGCCUGCGCGGGAAAACUUAGAGAACCAAAAGGAAAAACAAACAAACAAAGGAAAAAGAGGCACAUUUGAAAUAAUUUCUUAAGAAAGUGGUGCAGUCUAUUCUCUCUCUCCCACCCCGGUCUCUCUCUCUCUUUCUUUCCUUUUCCCUCUCCAGAUCUAGUUUGGGUGGAUUCCUUAUCCUUCUUCCACCAAAGCACAGUAUUGUGGAGAGAGUGGAUACCAGUUUUAUCUUUUUGUCAAUCUCUCCUUUUCUCUCGCUUUCUUCUUCCCCCCUUUUCCCCCACCGGUCUCUCUCCUCUCCUCCUUUUCCCCCCCUUUAAAUUGUGUCCCACCUGCCAGACUGCAUCGGGGGGGUUCUCCAACUCCCAACCCUUCUCAGGAUGGGACACUUUCUUCAGUUGUUCCUUGGUGAUGGAAUUGAGUCUGUUCUUUGGCUUUAGUUUUACAGAGGCCUGUGUUAUUGCACAGUCAGUAAACCUGCAGCAAGUCUCAUCGCUGGGCUAGUGAGGAAAGCCAGUUUGAGUCCCACCUGGCUGUCUGUGGUCCAAGUGCUGAGAUCGGAUUAACGCUCUUGGAUGAGCGCUAGUCCCGUGGGAGGGGACAAAAG